AUGUCACACAUUCCACAGAUGAAGCUACCUUCUGCCGUUGAGUUCUUCGACAGUAUAGCAGACAAUUAUGAAUCAUCUACAGGAGGCUGCACGCUAGCAAUAGUACGUUCUUUGUUAGAGCUAACUUGCCUACAAGACGUAUGCUCUGCCGAGUCUCAUGUUUUGGAUAACGCUGCUGGCACCGGUGUAGUGGCAGGAGAAAUUAUUCGGCAGGCGCGUAAUCUCCAUGCCGAUAUCCCCAAUAUCCGCAUUGUUGAUCCGGCCGAGAAAAUGAUCAGCGCUGCGAACGCUAAAAUAUCACGUCUAGAUGCUGGAGGUCGUUGUAAGGCGGCGGUCAUGUACGGCGAGAACUUGGACUUUGCAGACAACACAUUUUCUCAUAGUAUCACCAAUAUGGGCAUUCUAUUUUUCAAAGAUCCAAGCGCAGGAGCUAAGGAAAUAUACCGGACUCUGCGACCUGGUGGUGUGGCCGUCGUGACGUCUUGGGCUGACGUGGGCUACUUGACCAAAGUCAUUCACCCUUCGCAAAAGGCUGUGCGGCCUACCGAUCCCUUAUUUCAGCUUCCCGUCCCCCCCGUCUGGUUUCAACCUGAUCAUGUCAAGAGCUGUUUAGAGAAAGACGGGGGGUUUACUGACGUUGAGGUGCUAGAGAUGCGAUGUCAUUAUGGCGCCCCAACUCUACUCAUUUUGCAGCAGAUGCUACUACGAAUCUUUGGACCUGUCUUAAACCGAUGGCCAAGCAAAGAUCAGGAAAAGUUUACCAACUGUAUCGCCGAAAUUCUACCUAAUGUGGUGGAGGAAUACCUUAUGCCGAAUAGCGACCGGGGCUUGGGAGUUCCCAUGCAGGCGAUUGUAGCUAUCUGCAAGAAGUGAAAUUCCAUACGCUCUAGCUAUCCUAG